AUGUCCUCGUGUGGCUCCCAGGAAACACCAAAAACCACCACUUCUGUUCCACCACCGGUGCCUACAGGCACCACACCUUCGACAACCAGACCGCCAAGCAGCACGCCAAAAACCACGCCAACCACCUCUCCCUCCACCACAUCCAGAACCACUGCAUCAACUCAGACGGCAACCACCAACACGCCAAAGACCACUGCAACAGCCUCCACACCAUCCACCUCUACGCAUCACCCCAAAAUCCUAACCACCACAACCCCCUCCACCACGACAGAAUCCACUGCGACUAGCACACCAACCCCGACAACCACAACAGCACCCGUGCCCCCCUCCACACCGUCUCCUCCGACGCCGUCCACCACAACCACCACCACCUCGCCCACAACCGUUACCUCCACUUCCACCAGCACUCCAGUACCCACUGCCACAACUCUCACGACUGCUCCCCCUACCAGCACAGAAACGCCCAGCACUCCGGCCACCACAACUCCUGCAACCACCACCGUCCCAGUUACCACGGGUAAGUCUCCUUGGUCGCUCUGCAGCAGCAGCUUACAGGAGCCCUCUCUUGCCAAAGGGACAGAGGGAUACCCACCUCCAGGUCCCACGGCAACCCAAAAUCCCAGCCGUGACGGGAGCCCGCCUUUUCCCUCUCCCACCGCCACCUAUGUGACUUUGCUCUUUUGUGUUCCAGAAACACCAAAAACCACCACUUCUGUUCCACCACCGGUGCCUACAGGCACCACACCUUCGACAACCAGACCGCCAAGCAGCACGCCAAAAACCACGCCAACCACCUCUCCCUCCACCACAUCCAGAACCACUGCAUCAACUCAGAUGGCAACCACCAACACGCCAAAGACCACUGCAACAGCCUCCACACCAUCCACCUCUACGCAUCACCCCAAAAUCCUAACCACCACAACCCCCUCCACCACGACAGAAUCCACUGCGACUAGCACACCAACCCCGACAACCACAACAGCACCCGUGCCCCCCUCCACACCGUCUCCUCCGACGCCGUCCACCACAACCACCACCACCUCGCCCACAACCGUUACCUCCACUUCCACCAGCACUCCAGUACCCACUGCCACAACUCUCACGACUGCUCCCCCUACCAGCACAGAAACGCCCAGCACUCCGGCCACCACAACUCCUGCAACCACCACCGUCCCAGUUACCACGGGUAAGUCUCCUUGGUCGCUCUGCAGCAGCAGCUUACAAGGCUUUCAGGAGCCCUCUCUUGCCAAAGGGACAGAGGGAUUCCCACCUCCAGGUCCCACGUAG